GUUUGGACAUACUCCUACCUUGCACUCCUUUUCCCAGUCUUCCUGAUCACAGACUACGUGCGCUACAAGCCCAUCCUCCUCCUCCAGGGCAUCAGCUUCAUCGUCACGUGGCUCUUGCUCCUCUUCGCACACGGAGUGGUGGCCAUGCAGGUGGUGGAAUUCUUCUACGGGAUGGUGACAGCUGCCGAGGUCGCCUAUUACGCCUACAUCUACAGCGUCGUCAGCACCGAUCACUAUCAGAGAGUGACGAGCUAUUGCAGAAGCAUCACUCUCGUUGCAGCCACCGUCGCCGCCGUGCUGGGACAGCUGCUGGUUUCCUUAGCCGAUGUAUCCUAUUUUCACCUUAACGCCAUUACUUUGGCUUCCGUGUCGCUGGCAUUCGUGUGUUCGUUUUUCCUCCCAAUGCCUCAAAAGAGUAUGUUCUUCCACAGGCAAGAUGUCUCAGAAACUCUCCCAGGACCAGAUAAAGUUGUGGCUACAGCUGGCUCCGAGAGGCCGCCGAGCUGCCGAGAGGACAAGAGCUCUGUGCCUUCUGACAGGGGACCAAGACCUGAACAGCAGGCUGAUAAUGCCGAGCCCCAGAAUCACAUGCUCAGAGUGCUGGUGCAGCUGGGCAAGGACCUGAGGGAUUGCUACAGCUCUAGGAAACUUCUGUACUGGUCCCUGUGGUGGGCUCUGGCUACGGCAGGCUUUAACCAGGUUCUGAAUUAUAUCCAAGUGCUGUGGGACUUCAGAGCCCCCUCUCACAGCUCUGCAGUGUACAAUGGAGCUGUUGAAGCAAUAGCAACU